AUGAGCUCGAGUGAUAAAACCCAAUCUGACCUACAAAACAAAUCGGAUAAUUCGAGACGUACGGUCAAGGCAAAACGAUUCUUGGCUAAUUGCUUCGUAGGAUCAUACAUCUACUUACCAAUCGCAGCAGUGAUUAUAUGGUUUUUCGGUCUGAUCAUCUUAUUGUUUAUGUGGAUCCAAGAUGGUAAACCUAGAUAUAACCCUACUCAAGCUUCUAUCGCUUUCAUCUCCUUCGUAGGGGCUGCUUAUCCCACGUUGUUCAUCUGCAUUUGCGUUCCUGUCGUAUUGUUGUACUUCCCUACCAUUUGCAUCAUUAGGUAUCUGAGACAUAAGAAUAGGUUACCUGGGACUGUACAGCGGAAAGAAAAAAUUUAUAGUUGGUUAGCGAUUGCUUUUUGCGGUUUGGGAUGUAUGGGAUUACUGAUUCUGUCUAUAUGGAAUUGCUGGGAUUAUUAUAACAUCCACUGGUGCGGUACUUUUCUGUUUAUCAUUGGAGUAUCGUUGUCAGCUAUCUUCCAAACUGCCGAAGUGUGGUGUUUGAAGAAAGAACAUCCAGACAGGAAACAUCUGAAACGUAAUGGUAUAGCCAAACUUUCUGUGGUGGGUUUACCUAUCAUCUUGGCAUGUGCUUUUGGUGGGUUCUACUCUUUGUGUCGUGGGAACCCAACAUCGGAAGAUGGCGAGUAUACACCUGAACAAUGUGAGAAGUAUUCUUCAACUGCGGCUAUAAUGGAAUGGUCAAUCGCUUUUAGCUUGAAUCUGUAUUUUAUCACUUUGGUGAUUGAUCUAUGGCCUAGUAGAAAGACUAGUUCUAGGUAUAUCAGGAGGGAAGAAGGAGAGGAGAAGGUAUAA